AGCAAACCUCGGCCGAUUAUAAGGGAUUUAGGUCCCCGUGUAACAAACAACCACUAAUUUAUGCAGACACAGCCGCCCACAUUUCCUCUUCGUCCGAUUCCCAGAUUUCAAUCUGCUAGCUCAACGCUCCCCUCUCGAGGUAGCAUCUUUCGCUCUCCCCGUAACAGCAGCGUACAACCGCGUUUCUUCUUCCAAGUUACAAUCAGCUGGAAAGUUAGUUCGCUCCGGCUGAGUCCAAUCAGCAGCCGCCAUGUGGCUGGCGGAGACGCCCAGCAAGCGAUGGGCGGAAAAGUUCUUCCUCUACUACUCCCCCGUUUGGAUCACAUGGGCUCUCGGCAUUAUCGUCACGUUUCAGCUCUACAAGCGAUUCACCGAGCGCGAGUAUCUGCUGGUGGGCCUCGCAGCAGCGCUGCCAUGCGUCCUCGUUCCACCCGCCAUACUGUGCCCGGCUGACAAGGCGCGGCCGUGGCACGAGCAGCACUGGGUGAAGGCAAACGUGUGGAUUGCGAUCUUCAGCUUCGUGGGCAACUACUUCUGGACGCAUUACUUCUACACUCUCCUGGGUGCAUCGUACACCUUCCCCUCCUGGCGACUCAACGAUGUGCCCUUUGCCCUCUACCUCUUGACCCAUGCCUACUUCUGCUUCUACCACGUCAUCUCCAACGUCACCAUUCGCCGCCUCAGGCACUUCCUCAACACCCCCCCGGCCUCCAAAUUUAAACCCUCCCCCUCCUCUACUUCCUCCUCCUCUGCUCACUCCAAAUCCAAACCCUCCCCCUCCUCCUCCUCCUCCUCCUCCUCGUCCCGCUCGUCCGUAUUUUCGCUUCUCGUUCAGGGAGCGUGGAUACUCGCUCUUUCGUACAUCACAGCUUUCAUGGAAACAGCUACUAUUGCCAACUUUGAGUACUACACCUUUGUGGACAAGGCCGCCAUGUAUCGGGUCGGCACGCUCUUUUACGCACUCUACUUCGUUGUCAGCUUCCCUUUCUUCUUCCGAAUCGAUGAGAACCCAUCGGAGCCCUGGGCUCUCUCCCGGGUGGCAGUGGACUCCCUCGGUGCCUCCAUGCUGGUUACCAUACUCCUCGACCUCUGGCGGCUCGUGAUUGGCCCAAUCACGCAACUGCCACAGAGUAACACCUGCACAACCGGCCUCCCCUGGAUGGCAUAGUGUAGUCGUGCACGUAUUUAUGCUGGCCUCUCUCCCCGUUGGCCUCUACGCUGAUUACCGCCCUUCUCUCUGGCCCAAUCAAUCACCCAGCUGCCGCAGAGCAACACCUGCACAACCGGCCUCCCCUGAAUGGCUUAGUGCAGCCGUACACAUAUAUAUGCUGGCCUCUCCCUGUUGGCCUCUACGCCGAUUACCGCCCUUUCCUCUGGCCCAAUCAACCAUCCAGCUGCCACAGAGCAACACCUGCACAACCGGCCUCCUCUGGAUGGCAUAUUGUAUACAUAGCAUACACAAGAAGUAGAGAAAGUAGAAGGGAAAGGCAUGACAGUCUCCCUUAUACAGCACGGCACAACAGCGGCACAUUCAACCAGCGAGUUGAGGAUCCCACCAGUUUGCACCUCUGCUCUGCUCGCCCCCCCCCAAGUAAACUCUGGUGCUGCCUUUCUGGUAAGCUACCCGUACCAUUCUUGUGCGAUUGUGCACAUGCUCUAUUGUGACUUCGCAGAUUGGCUCAUUGCAGUCCACUUCUAACUGUUACUGGUACUAAAAGCAAACCAGCCUA